ACCUCGGUCAAAGUCCAUGUGAUCAACGACUCCAAAUAUAGCAACACGUCCAAGAGAUGAUUCUAAGAGAAGAAAUGAAAUUUUAAGCGUAAAGAAGCAUAUUUGAACAAAAUGAUUUUUACAGUUGUGUUACCGAACAGUGUUGUGAUUGAAAUCGAAGUGGAUAUCAGAGCAAAUGGACAGGAAUGCUUAGAUCAGGUUUGCCAGCAUCUUGGAAUCCUUGAAUAUGAUUAUUUUGGCUUACAAUUUAGUGGCAGUAAAGGAGAAAAAAUAUGGCUGAACAUGAGGAACAGAAUUAAUCAGCAAGUGUCUGAAAUGAGGGCUCACAGAUUUCAUCUCCGUGUCAAGUUCUACAUACAACCCCAUCUUCUGUUACAGGAAUCUAGCAGGCAUCUGUUCUACAUUCAAGUGAAACAAGAAAUCCUGUUUAAAACACUCCAUGUUAAAGAUGAGACAAAGCUUGUUAAAAUACUCGCUUUGAUAGCUCAGGAAGAGUUUGGAGAUCAUGUAACCAAUCGUUUACAUCUACCUGGCUAUGAGACGUUCUUGGAGAAGAUUUGUCACCACAGUGACCCUGACUUUCUGAAGAGUGUUGCCAAUUGCCAUGCAGAACUGCGUGGCAUGUCUUCCCAGAAUGCAGAGUACAGGAUGUUACAAGAAGCUUCAACACUAGAGGAUUAUGGGAUGGAAAAGCAUGAAGUAAAGAUGGAAAAGAAGCUGAUGUCAGUUGGUGUAGGACCAGAAGGAGUGUUUAUUUAUGACCAUCAUAUGGAAUUAGUUGAUAGAAUAGAGUACCCAAUGAUACAGAGGAUUGUUCAUGAUGCAUGCUCGUGUGUCAUGUCUGUGUAUACUGAAGAGAUGGAAACACGUAGGAUUGAAGUCCGACUGCGAAGUCUACGAGCUGCAUCCUGUUUGUACCGUUGUAUAACAGAAAUGCACUCCUUCUUUCGAUGUGAUACAGUUAACAGUGCAGUUUCUUCCCAAACCUACCGUGAUCUCAAAGGACUACUGGCGUCUUUGUUUAACGAGAACACCACAACUGGUCAGAACUAUGUUUUUGAUGUUCAAAGAACUUGGCGAGAAGCCUACGACAGCACUAGACGAAAACUAAUGAAAGAAGCAGCAAAUCAAAGUUUACCUCCCCUUGAAAAGGAUGAAAUGGAGGAUAGUAGUGAAACACACAUUCUACCCAAAAAUCACGAAUGUCAGGACGUUCAGUUGUUGAAAGCCCAGUUAGAAAAAAUCCAUGAAUCCUUUCUGUGUAGUGUGUGUAUGGACUGUGAUAUAUCAACAGCUUUUUGCCCAUGUGGUCACAUGACCUGUUGUCAGAACUGUGCGUCCCGGUUAGACGAGUGCCCAUUGUGUCGGACAAAUAUUGAGAACGUUCAGCCUAUUUUUUUGCCUACUACAUUAGUACAAAAGAGUUGAUGAAAGGUUGUGUUGUGUUCCGGGGAAUGUGCAGAUAAAGAAAUGGCAAUAUUAUUUGUUAAAGUUGACAAGUGUUUGGUACAGUUCACCUGUAUAUCAACUCUGGUUCAUGUAUAAAUAUAGUCCUGCAUCUCUAUCAUUUAACAUCUGUAUACAUCAUUGAUUGUUAAAUGUUUCCAUACAGUGUAGUUGUUUUAUCAUCACCAUAAAGAUGUAAAUAUUUUUAUAGAAAGGGCAACAAGCAAUGCAAUAAUUGUCAUCAUUUUUUUUUAGUUGUUUCAUUGUUUAUAAUUAAUAUGUGUACAGUACUGUUUAGUAUGGUUCUAUGAAUACAUACAUAGUAUCAUUAUACAUAACUUUCAUGUUGAUACAGCUAGGUGGUUAGUUCAAAAAUUAAUUGAAGAGAUUUGUGAAGAGAGGACCAAAAUUAUAGGAGAUAAAUUAAAAGGCUUUCAGUUGCAUGCUAUUGAUCAAACAUUAAAAUAUAAAGUAUGAUAAAUAAAAUUCUUCUCUUGUGUCAUUUGCUGCAUUCAUAUAAAGUAUAAAGUGAUUUAUCAAUACAAGGUCAAUGAUUGAAGGUUGAAGGUCGAACCUGACAAUGACUUCCUAAUACAAUUUUUUUUUAUCUUGGUUUGAGUUUUGAUUGCCUAAAUUAUCAUGGAAAUGAUUUGAUUUUAAAUAUAAUUUUUAAAUCAGGAAAUGAAGAAAAAAAAUAAAACAAAUACAAAUAAAUGUAUAAGUAAGUACACAGGAAAUGACGUACUACAACAUAUAUUUUAAACAUGAAUGUUCAUUCAUUUUAAUUUAGCGGAAGUUUGUCAUAUAACCACAAAGUGUGGGCAGAUGUUUUUUUUCCAAAUAAAAAAAAUCUAUUGUGAUGUUUUCAACCAUUAAAAAUUUUGAGAUAAAAAGAUUGGAUAUGAGUAAAAUCAAAUGUAGUUUUAGAUUCACCUGAUACUUGCCUUGUUAUCUGACCAUUAGUCAACAGACGCAUUUAUUUUAGACAUUAUAUUGAAAAUAAAAAAUAUGUGUUUUAAAGUAUUGUAUAUUUUUUAGCACAGGUCAUUUUAUGUUCAUUAGUUAAGACUUGUUAGUUAUAAUUUAUGUUUUUUGUACAUUAGCUGGUCAUCAAUUUUUAUUUAUUUUCAUGGUAUGUACAUACAAACUUUAUUUAUUUUUAUUUUUGUCUUGCCAAUUUUUGAUAAUGGUAAAUUAUCUCCCUUGUUAGCACCAUGUUACCAUUAUCUCCUUUGUUAGCACCAUGUUACCAUAAUCUCCCUUGAUAGCACCAUGUUAUCUCCCAUAGUUGAUGUACAUUCCAGAUAAGAUUUUUUUGGAUAAAGUUUUUUGUUUUGUUUCAUAUUUAAAAUUAAAGUUAAAGGGAAAUGUUUUGUCUGGAUUAAAUUCUGCGUUAACUGAACACAUAUUUCAAAGUUUUAAUUAGAGACAAAAUUGAACCCUAAAUAUACAAAAUAACAUGUUUUAAUGGAGUUUAUUUAGAUAAAUUGGACCCUGUAUAAAUUGAACAUACAUGUAUGGAUCAAAGGGAUUUAUGUAGACAAGUUUUACUGUAUUCAUAUUAUCUACACACCUUUGACCUUUUACAUUUUAACAAAAACUAAGUGAAGAAUCUGUGAUUCUUAUUAGUAAAAGUUCGAUCAUUUGAAUCAGUUGUCCUUUGAAAGUUAAAUAACCAAAGGUGUGUGCAAGUAGAAACUUAAUGACUUUGGUCUUCAUGCUUUGAAUUUCCAAUGUUUGUUUUAAAUGAAAGUUUUUUUCUUGGAACAACAAUGACUAACUGUGGCACUUUUUUCAACAACGAGUAGUGUUUAUAAAGAAGAUGAAAUUAUCAAUAGAAAUUUAACCAAAACCUCAACUUUUAAUUGAUGAAAUCGUAGAGACUAGGUAAAUGAAAUCUUGGUAAUUUCUUUGUAAGUUGAGUGAAAAUAUAAAGAAUUUUGGUUGGCAAAAUACUAAAUUGACUUUAAACAUUAAAUCUAUAUACCCCCCAGUAAGUUAGACCAGUAUGGAAGAUAUGAUAAUCAUACAUACACUUU